AUGCACAAGAAGACGCAAGAGCCUCGCUGGCUGUUUGUGUCCUCUGACGCUCCGUCUGUGUGUGUGUCUCUCGCAGAACAGCUUCCGCCUCCGUCUCCCUGCGUCUUCCCAUCUCCCGCUUCUUUUUCUUCAUCCUCGUCCUUCUCUCCUGCGUCGUCUCCCUUUUCUGUCUCGUUUGCCUCCUCUUCUCUGUCUCCUCUGUCGUCCUUCACUUUGCCUGCCGCUUCCCUCGCCGUCGCGACCCCUGACUGCCACUCGCGUCCACGUACGCACGCAAGUCGAAAAUUCCUCUCUCCCCACCCCCUCUCUCCCCUUCCUUCGCCUCUCUACACAUGCGUUUUGCAUCCAUCUGCGGAGGAGACGCACAAGCGCGAGGCAGCCGCCUGUGCGUCGCGCCCUCGCGCAGACGAGACAGUCGACGCUUGCUGCUGGCGGCGACCGCGCCCGGGCCAGAUUCGCUGGCCGUCAGCCUGCUCUGGGCAUCGAGAAGCCCCGUCUCAGGGAGCGCGUGGAGCCGAAAACGCAGCAGACGAGGGGGCGAGAUGGAGAGGAGACGAGCGAGGAGAGAGGUGUGGACCACCGCCCGGGGCACAGUUGGAGCGCUGCGACGACCCAAUGUACAGAGAGCCGUUGAAGGCGCGCGAGCAAACACAGAAAUGGGGAGAAACGAUGCCAAGUGAAGGCAGGAAAGACAUGGACGCAGCACUCCGAAUGGGGGAAAGAGCCGAGCGACUAUCAGGGGCGGACGACCUCUUCACUCCAGCGGAAAGCAGAGCAGCACGGGUGUUUCCCUUUUUCGAAACACCUGGCAGCUUGUCACCCUCGACGAAUUUGCGUAGGAAAGCCGGCAGUCGUCGAAGGAGUAAAAGUGUGCACGAGACAGAAGAGAAACCGGGGCGAGAGGCGACGCAGAGAAGACACGCUGCGUUGACAGGAUCCACUGGCUGGUCUGCAGUCCCCGCUGAGGUGUAUGUACACCUCAGUCCGAGGAGCGAAGCGGGGCACGGAUCGUGGACUCACGAAAGGGGUGACCCAGGAGACAGAACGUACGCUGACCUUGCGCUUGCAGCUCGAGCUUCUCAGUUUCUCGUCGACACGGACAGAGAGCGAGGACACGCUGGAGAGGACAGAAACCAGGAGGGAGAAGACGGAGAGCUGCAAGUGAUGCGACAGGAGAAGGAACGUCCCAUGUGGAUGAACAGCCUCCUCUGUCGCCAGCAACCUUUCCCCCACUCGCCUGAACAACAGACAUCUCUUCCCUUGUUAACUUCUCAAUCGUCUUCUGCCUCAACUUCGAUAUCACCUGCUUUCUACCGUGUCCCUUCUUCUCUACGGGUUGGUCAAGAGACUGUGCCGCGGACCAGCAUCCGCGGUGAGCAUCCUUGUCCGUCCCCUGGAACUUCGUUCUCGGAUUUUCAGUCUUCCCAUGCCCGUGGUGGUCGAUGCGUUGAUUCGCGCACUCAUGGAGACCGUCGAGGGGAGGCGUCGAGCCCCCAUUUUGCGUACCGUCGGUCUUCUCUUCAGGCUUCUUCGCCCCACGCUUCGUGUUCUUGUUCUGGCCACGCGCAUGCUCUCCCUAGCCUGCAUUCUUCCUUUCUUUCUUCCGGUGCCAAUCAACGCGCCGUUGGCGAGCAAAGGAACUGUACAGACACCCGCGUGCCAUCGGCUCCCCAGCCCUGUUCGUGCGUCUCUCCGUUCUCGCUUUCCUCUUCUGUUCCCUGCUUUCAUUUGUGCGCUCCUGCGCAGCCUUCUUCGCGCUCCUCUUGUGUCUCUCCGUCUCCGUCCGUGCGUCGAUCUGGGGUCGGCCCCGCAAGCGCGGUCUCGUCCCGAGCGACAAGAGACCUCGAAGCGCAAGCAGAAGCGAGCGCAGCACAGACAGGAAAAAGGGAGACAGUCGGAGAAAAAGAAACGAGCGGGGUCGGCCGAGUCACAGGACCACCGCGUGCGCCUUUUUCGACUCGCGUCUCUUCUACGGCGUGUGGUUCUCGGCGAGCGGUCCUUUGCACGGAUCGCGCGUUUUGUCUCCCCAUGAAAAAGGACCGCCCGAAUUUUGGACGCUCAGAGAUCGCUUUCCGUUUUGCAGACGCCGGCACGAUACGCGUUGAGCAAGAACGGGACGACACACGGGAUCUGAGCGUUCCUGGCUCUCUGCGAGGUGGGCAACCGAGGGUGACAUGCGCGGGAGGCAUCCAGCCGCGCGAGGGCGCAGAGGCAAACGGAAAUCAAGGCGAGACUCAAGGAGAAAGAAGGCGGGAAGGCGAGAGAGAGAGACGAGACGGACCGGAGGGAGAAAGGAGAGAGGGACAAGCAGUGAAGAACCCCGGAGGAAGACAGGGAGAGGAUAGCGAAAGCCUUGGCAGCAGACGCGGAUGGUGCAGUGCGAGAUGGGAGAGAGAGACGCGGAACGCGUUCAGUCUCGCUCCGUCGCCGCGGGAAAACGUCUCGGCGGCGUGCGGAGGGACACAGGAGAAGAAGGGAGACAACGCGUCUGAUGAGAGCGCCGAAACCAGACAGGGGGACAAUCGGACAACAGAAGACGUAGAAGACGAGUUCGAAAGGGGAGCAACCGGAGAGGAAGGAAAAGAGACCAUGGCGCAGGUGGCGAGGAGACGGGCGCAGAUGACAGAGCCCGCGAGAAAGGACGGCGUGAGUCGUGCUGCCGAGAAAGGCGUUUUGGAUGGAGGCCAGAAAGAAGACAUGUCGAGAGGAGGAAACGGGAACUGGCGACCAGAGCUCUUCCCUCGUGCAAAUUCGCUCGGGGACAACACAGGGACUGACCCAACGGACACAGACAACUUACCUCAAGUGGAGAGAGAAGUUGCUGUCGAAGGAGAAACGCUUACAGGAAACGAGAACGAGGAAGGAAUGCACUGUGGGGAGGAACCAGAGAUGAGCGAGGAAGAAGAGGAAGGGGAAGAAACAGAAAUGUGCUAUCUUUCGAGGUUGUUAGGUCGAGGAGGUGGAGGGAAACGGAGAUGGAAGAAGCUGGUGCGUCAGAUGGGGAGGCCAGAAGCGUCGUCUUCUGCCUCUUCUUUGUUGUCCACGGACAACGAAUUGUCUCUCUCACUUUCCACUUCUUCUUCGUCCUCUCUGGAUUCCUCACCUUCGCAUGCCUCCGCGCCCGUCUGCUAUCUCCCGACUGGCGGCGUCUCCGCUUCUCCCUCUCCUUUCUCUUCUCUCCCUUUAUCUGGGGUUUCCUGGCCCUCGUGCUCUCGUGCCUCGCGCCCGUCCUUCGCAGGACUCCUUCCAGAGUCGGUAUCCCAUACACUUGCCAUUCGCAAAGAGCUGCGUCAAGCUGCCUUGCUCGGCUCUCUGAGUCUCCGGAGGGCCAUGGAAACGCGUCCAGAGAAGACGAGUCAAGGGACGGACGACGAGAAAGGAAGAGAAGAAGAGGGAGAAGCAGAAGUAGAAGACGACGAGGACGAAGGCAUCUGUUGUGACGGCAGGCGGUCGAAGGGGAGGAAGAAGCCCCAGCAGAAAGAGAGGUUCGGAGAGCGAGGAGAGAACCGCGAUGUCGUGCAGGAGCAGGAGGGAGUCGACGAGGAAGCGUGCCGGGAGAGAACGCGGGGGAAGGCGGCAGGUCUGCCUGGAGCGCCGAAGCGACAGACAGCGGAAAACAGGGGCGGAGGAUGUGUGGAACAGAGAGACGCACAUUCGCGAGCCUGUAACGGAAGUGAAGAACGCGAAACGCACGGGUGGGCAUGCAGAGAAGAACAGAGUGUGGAAAAACGCGAUCGAGCGUGGAUUGAUGCUGCUGUGAACUACUGGGAACUUGCAGAGAGGGAUGCCGCUCUCACCUUGCUCAGGACGCGGCACAAACGAAGAAUGAACUGA